AUACUCAUGGAUGAUGAAGAAACCAAUGUGUAUACAGAAUACGCCAACUUCCCUCCUCUGUAUACAGAACAGAUCAAUGACCUCGUGCUCUCCAAACAACUGGAAAUAUGGGAGUCUAUCGUAAGAAGGAGCAUCGCAAAGCACGGGGCUUACAUAAUCAACGAGGAAAGUAAUGAAAAGCCGCCAUUCUAUAAUCCAGAUAUCAACCGUAAGGUAAAACGUAGCUUCAUGGUACUCAUAGGACAACACCUAAUAGAAAGAGGAUAUGGAUUCUAUAUACACAGUAUUAAAAGGUUCUGUAUAGACAAUGGAUGUACAAUAUGGUAUGCCCUGUGUUUAAACAAGGAUUCUAAAAACAACAAGCUGUGCAGUAUACAUGACCAAAAAUACCAAACUUUUUCAAAGGUUAAAGCACACGAUACAAAUAUUACCACGUUAAAAAGAAAACGUGAUAAACUGGAAUCGGAUCGUAUUGAAUUGGGAAUAUUUCCAAAGACGCUAGAUGAAACUGGUGAACAGGUACUCGACCAUGUCAAAUCAAAACUUGCCGCAAAUCAAGUAGAAACAUUGUAUUUUUUAUUUUUUUGGGGGGGCGAGACAACCAAACGCUAUAAUAGCUGGGCAGAAGAACAUAUAGCCUUCAUUCUUGCAACAUUGGUACAAAAGCAAAAGAUUGCAAUCAUACCUAGCGAUCCAGCGUUCACGAAGACUCUCAGCAGCAAGCAAGUGGGUGUACAACUUCUUUAGGCAGUAAAGUAAAUGACCAUGGCGGACCAUCGAAUAUAAAACUAAAACAUAUAUACAUAUAAGCGGAG